AACUCAAAACUCUGUUCCAUUUUCUACAACAGAAAAAGAAGGAAAACAAAAAAGAGAACAGAGCCCUUUCAAUGGCGGAAACUUCUGUAACUGUCGUCGCGACCAAACGCCAUGCUCUCGAUCCUUACAUCAAGAUCCUUCAGAGUCGAUCAAAUGACAUUGAUGUCUCAUUUUCCUCUUACCUCAAGCCAGAAAACAACAACGAACCACAGCAACAGCAAAAGGAGCAAGAAGAUACUGAGCUAAGCAUAUUCGAAGCUCGAAGUUACUUCAGCGAAACCGGAAGCAACAACAGAUCACAGACGAGGAAUCUUAGUGGUCCAAGAUUCUCAUCGGUUUCAUCUGCAAAAGUUUCUUCUUUUACCGUGGGUCACACGGCAUCCUCUGAAGCUAGCUGGAACAGCCAAACCGGUUUGCUCUGUAACAAUAACGGGCAAGGAUCGGACCGAGAUGGACGUGGAAGCAGCAAGAAAGGAGUUAAAUCAGGACCCAGAUGGUUUUUCAGACGCAGGACUUGUCCCUGUUCUAGCUCCAAGUCGGUUCAGGUCCAAGAAACCAAACCAAGAUUCGCCGAGCCCAAAACCGGUUCUGAACAAAUCGUGUUGAACCGAAUCGCUCAUCAUAACCAUCAGACGAUAUCUUCGUCAGAUCCCAUCAGAUUAACAAUCCCUGCAAACACCGUGUCUCGGUCCAUCGAUUACGCGGCAAACGGAGAAUCUAGAGCUCCCGUAAGCAAUUUCAGCUUUCCGACUCUAAACGAAACCUCACAGACAUCGGAAAAACCCAUGAAUCCGGCUCUGAAUCCGAUCAAACCGGCUUUGAAUCAAAUUGGACCGAUUCUUCAUCCGGUUAAACCGGUUCUGAAUCCGACGAGUCCCAAGGGAGUUAUUACAGACGAAGAAGCUGCGAGCGACGCAAGCUCCGAUCUCUUUGAGAUUGAGAGCUUCUCUACUCAACACGUAGCUCGUCCUUGGGCCCCACCUGCGGCUGAUCUCGUCCGGAACUCGAUAGAUGAGACCGCGACUGAAUAUGGUUACGAGCCGAGUGAAGCAAGUGUCACUUGGAGCGUUACGACCGCCGAACCGGCCUCGGCGGUUGCGGCUAACUUCUCAAGAAUAGGCUUGACGCAGUCGCCUCUGGCGUUUGGCGGUUGCGAUAAAAGGAGAACGGGGUUGUUGAGCUGUCGUUGUGAAAAAGCGGUUGUGGUUAGCGGCGGCCAGCGUUUGGUUCAACCGCUUAAGAGCGUUAGGUUUCAGAACGAUGUCGCGGAAAAGGUGUUGUGCAACAACGGCAGUUCUAAGUUAAGCUUGACGAGUCGAGCAGUGUUGGAUUCCGAAUCUUCGUUUUUGGUUUAGAUCCGGUU